UUUGCUUUUUAAUGCUCUCUCUCUCUCUCUCUAAGAAAGUCCGACUCUCUCUCUCUCUUUCCCUUGUUUUCUCUUUCCUGGAAAUCGUGCGCGCUUUUUCACUCAUCUCUCUCACUCACUCACUCUCUCUAAUCUCUAUCGCUGAAGUGGGUAAAGGAGAAGAGAAAGCGGAUAUGAAGCUGCAGAAGCCUGAUAUGGAGGAGAUGAAGAAAUGGCCCUUUUUCUGAUAAUGCCUCGGCAAAGCAAAGCUUACAAUGCCAAUCCUUCCCUUAGUAUUGGCGCCGGUAUCAGUCUUCUUGACACUACUACCACCCAACAACACCAAGUGAAGGCAAUGUUCCAUGACUUCCUCGGCUUGAAGUCGGCUACCACCGAUUCGCCUGUAGUUUUGGCCCCCAAGAACGCUGAUGCGUCCCCCUCUGCCUCUAUGUCUGCUGGGGCGGCCUCUUCUGGUGGUGCCCGUGCUCCCCUUUCCACCACCUCUGAUAUCGCCUCUGAAAGGCAGGCUGGAAAUCAUCUUGAGGGUAUUCCAUAUUAUGGUCCAAGGAGUGAUAUCUCUGGUCCUGAGAAAAGCAACAGAUUAGCAGGAAGUAAGCGAAGUAAUUCAGAUUCAGGCUUCACAGGAUCUACUAGGGAUGGGAUUCAACAAAUAGGCCAUGACUCGCUUGAGAGCCUGCAUUUGAUGAAGAUGCUGAAGAAUGGCGGUGGAGGGGAGCGACCCAGAAGGUCCAAUGAUGAUGAAGUUUUCUACAGUAUGCAACCAAUGAGACCAACUUCUGCAUCUCUCAUUUUGCAAUCUUCUACUGGUGGUAGACUUGAUGCCAAUGUUUCCAAGUGGGAGCGAUCUAUACCCAUGGGAGCAGCCAUACAGUAUCCUCGUGCCGGUCAGUUUGUUCCUUUCAUGCAUCAAGUUCCUGCAAACAAAUUCAGGGAUGUCAAUGCUAGUCCAUCAAUCAUCUCUCAAUCAGCUGCUGAUGAAGGAUCUAGAACUGGAAUUAAAGGCCCUGGAAUUUUGAGUUCUAUCAAUGCUAGCAGUGUCAUAUCAGAGAAAAAUUCAUCGGGGACUCUUCCAAGCGGCAGCAAACCUAAGUCUGGAACUUAUAUUUCAGAGCCAGAAUAUUCAAUUCCUUCAGGUCGACAGGGUUUAACAUCAGCUAGUCGUCAGAUGACUAUAUUUUAUGGCGGUCAAGCUCAUGUUUUUGAUGAUGUGCACCCAAACAAGUCAGAUGUUAUAAUGGCCUUAGCGGGAUCAAAUGGAGGAUCAUGGUCGACGUCAUACUCACCAAAACCAACUGUGAAGGUAGGUGCUGAAAGUUACAUGAACAGUGGAGAAAAUGAAGUAGGAGUGGCUGCUAACACAGCAUUCCAACGUGAAUUCCGUGGGAGGUUUUCAGGCACUGCUGCAGUUAAUACGACUCAAGGAGUUGGCUCUGGCGACCGAAUCCCUACAUCUACAGCAGGUCAUCAUGGCAGCCAUAAAAUAAGUGAAGAGAUAAGAAACCAAGGUCUGGCAGGAGACCCAAGUACUGAAGAGAAAAGAGAGGUGUAAGGCAAAGGGGGAGAUGGGUUUUGGGGUAGUCUUGUUUAUAGGGGACUUAAUUGAGCUAUCAGAUUCAUGAUCAGAUGUAGAAAAGGCCAAGCUUCUCAUAUGAUUUUUAGAUUAUGCUUAUCAAUUUUUAAGUUCAAAUUUCUUUCCCCUAAUGCUUGAAAUCAAGAAGCAUUCGACACUUUGCAUUAA